CAAAUCAGUCUAACUCCAGGAAAAGGUUAAAUUAUUUUCUUGUUGUUUGGAAGGUCAAACAAUUAAUUUUAAUUAAUUUGAUCGAAUAAUUAAUUUCUAAUUAGUUCCAAUGGCUUUGUUUAAGGUUACCCAAAACCUCGCUCGUCGAAAUUGGUAUCGAACUGGUGUAUUCCAGUUGGCUAGUCGAAAUUUCUCUGAGGAUCCUGCUCCAACUCCUGUACGUGUAUGGAAACAUUGGAAAGAUGUUCCAGAUCAUUUGAUUAAAACAUAUUCUGAAAGAGAUCCUCAUAAUGCUGUCUAUUCUGAUCCAAGUUGGAUUGUUUUGAAAAAGAAGCAACUCUGGUGGACUCAAGAUUAUAACAUUAACGUCGCUUUCCCCGAUGGUAAAAAGGAUCUUUACAUAAACAAUGUCGUCUUACUCAUCUUACUUUUUGGUGGUCUUUACACUUGGUAUUUAUCUUUAGAGGAAGAUAUUACUUUAUAUCGUAAGAAAGUCAAAGAAAUGCGAUCAAAUCCUCCUGAUUGGCGUACACCUGCAGAUAAACGAGGUCUCGUUUUCUGUGAAAGUUAAUUCUUAGGUUUUUAUUUGGAGUUUGAAGUCAUUAACACACACAAACAAAAACACAAACAACAAUAAGCAUAUUAUAUGUAAGUCUAAUCUCCUUGUUAUUUGUACACUUGAGAGGACACACAAUGAUUUCUUUUCCAUCCCUAAGGCUUUAAAUUAGUGUUUUGAAAAAAGAGUGUCUCUUUCUCUCUCCAAAACUAUAUAAUACUACACAAAAGAGAAGAAAAAAAAACAAUAUAAUGUAAUAAAUAAUUUGUGAACAAUUUACGUUAACACUGCUAUUAAAAAAUCGUAGUGAGAAAAAAAAAUUAAACAGUUGUUUCAACAACAGCUAA